CUAUUGUGCAUUCCGGUCCUGUGUUUGUGCCCCACGCGUGUUUGUGUCGAAUUAAAAGCCGAAAAUCGAAUAAAUAGAGCGACCUUGAGCAACACCUGUCCUUGGCUCUGACCUAUCGAUUGCCUAUCGAACUCCAGUUAACAAUUCGUGUGCGGUGUGUGUUGGUGCGCAAAAAACGCCAGAGGACUCUAGAGGACACGAAAACGUACUGCAAAAAUGUUGGCCGAUGCGGAACUAUCGUCCAUCCUGAGCCGUCGCCAGCAGAUCAACGAUGCUCUGGACAACGGCCAGUCGGUCAAGCCAUCGUUCAAAGUGGUCAACAUUUACACCGAGUUCCACGAGUUCUCGCGGAAGGAAAUCAAGGACUAUCAGGCCACCUUCAGCAAGUACGAUGUAGGCAACGAUGGGUACCUGGAUCUGGCCGAGUUGAAGAUUAUGAUGGAAAAGCUGGGCGCACCUCAGACGCACCUGGGCCUGAAGGGCAUGAUCGCCGAGGUGGACGAGGACGCGGAUGGCAAGAUUUCGUUCCGUGAAUUCUUGCUCAUCUACAGGAAAGCACGUGCCGGCGAGCUGAUUUCCGAUUCCGGCUUGGGGCAGCUGGCCCGCUUGACGGAGAUCAACGUGGACGAGGUGGGUGUCGGUGGGGCGAAGGACUUUUUCGAGGCCAAGAUCGAGCAGCAGCUGCGGACAAACAAGUUUCACGACGAGAUCCGGCAGGAGCAGGAAGAACGGCGCCGCAUCGAGGAGGAGCGUGUUCUGCGGCGGCAACAAUUCCAGCAGCGAGCGGCCGUCUUUCAGUAAAGCUACUGUAAAGUGCCCUCCGAGACCACAGCGAAGGAAAACGCGUCGUAUUGAUAAGUUCUGUAAAAGUCAGUCUAAGCUGUCGUUAAUGUUUGAGGCGUAUCACGUGGCGCGUAAGGUGCGAGCAUCUCUUGUUGGCCACACGCAGAGACGCAGCCCCGGCAAUCGAUUAUAUGGGGCGCAGGUUUUGCUUUGAAGGAAGGUGUUAGUUCGGCCUUCCCAAACAGCACAGGGUUUGUGGUUUAAGUUUAAUGUACGCGCUUGUAACUGGUGUAACAACAGUGCGUAACCACAGUCACAGUGUCAUGUUUCUCGAGCUUUACUAAUAAGUUAGGCGCGCGCGGUCACACCAGCGCCCGCCUCUAUGUGUAAUCGCAAAACCGCACGCGUUCUAUUGCUUACUCUUCAUCAAACUGCACUCGCAAACAAACAGGUUGGUAAUCUCACCGUGGCCGUCCGAACGAUGCGUUAAGGCAAACAGAGGGAAGCGGUGGUGCAAGCCACUAGGAAAACCGGAACCCGUUCAUCCGUAGUAUUCCUGGAGCGCGUGUUACCAGACGAGAGCGAUGGAGAAGGCGAAGAGAAAACAGUUCUUGGUCCCUGACCCUAGUCAAUCAGAGACAGAUUAGAACGCAAGUAUUUAUCCCAAAAUUCCAUGUGUAGUUUCAAGUAACAAGAAUGCACCGCGGCCCGCAUGACCCGAAGGUAGUUGUGUGUACCAAACUCAGAUGGACAGAUAUAUUUUUGAUACGCAGGAUUUGUGGAAUUGACUAGGGACAAGACGAGGAUGUAACUUAGGGGCCAGCGAUAGGCGGCGGAAUGGGAGCAGGGUGAGCAACUACUUUGAAUGUGUUUUAGAUGAUAAUAAUAAGAUGUUAUUCUGUAGACGAUA